CAUCGCGCACUCUGGUGCCCGCCGCUCGCAAGAUGACCGGUGGCUGUGACCGGCUUCGGUGCUGGUGAGGCUUAGGCCCCAUCGCAGGAUGGAGAAUGAGGAGACCACGCUGGUCGGCCAGCGGGCAAGCCAGCAGGCAGUAGACCUCGGCGACCCGUUCAUCAACAGCGCCCUGGUGCACACGGCCAGCGCUUGUCUCAUCUUCGUUGUUGUAUUCAUCUUCGUCCUGCCGGGCAUUCUGCUCACCACGCUGCGCCGAGAAAAGCCCUACCAGGUGGACAUGCGUCCCAAGACACGACUGAGCCGACAAGUCUACGAAGGACCCGACAGACCUUUGAUCAUGUGCAUGGUCAAUUCGACAAGUUUUCAGCGGCCUCCGCCCAUGACUUACACAUUCGAACAGGUGCCUUCGAACUUGUGCUCGCACGUCGUGUUCCCGCUGUCCGGCGCCGCCGACUGGUCCGACGACAUGCUGCACUACGACUACACGCACAAGAUCACCCACCCGAACUUGUACCGCGAAAUGGUGCGGCUUAAGAAAGAGCGGCCCGCACUCAAGAUCCUCGUCGGCGUCGGCGAGUACGAAGUGAACAAUGGCCUCUUCCGCUACGCGGCCGAGUCGAUGCACGCGACGGUGCAGUUCUGCAGCGCCGUGCUCCGCUGGACGCUCGGCAACGGCUUCGAUGGACUGGUCAUCCACCGAAUGUUCACCAGUGGCUCGCCUGGCGAAGACCGCCGCGGGAUCAUCGUGCUGCUACAAAAGUUGUGGGUUCACUUCGAGCGCCAUGGCCUCACGCUUGUCGUAGUGUUCGAGCCUGAGACGGACGUCUUCAACCAGCCGCUACUGGGGGGUAAGAUCUGCUCGUACGUCGACUACGCUGUCAUCGUGGCGCACGGAUUCCGCAGCGAAGCGUUCGCCGAGUUUCCCAGCCCGAUGCGGAGCCGGUCGCCAUCGCCGUUGAACGUAACGACGGACUUCGACACGGCCGUCCAGCGGGCGCUGGCCAGCGGCGUUCCCGUGCACAAGCUGGUCGUGAGCGUCUCUUUAGACUGGGGCUCGUAUACGCUUGACGAGAAGUCUGAUCAGAAGCCGGGCGCCGUGCUACUUGCGGGUCGAUCAGAAGGAAUCCCGGGCCUCUUCACGCGCUGUCCAGGGGUUCUCAGCUUCUUCGAGAUCUGUAAGCGCCUCGUGUUCGAGAACUGGACACGUUCCUGGGACGCCACCGCCGAGUGCCCGUACGCGUACUCAGACGACCAGUGGGUCGCGUACGAGGACCAGCUCAGCUUGAUGGCCAAGGCGGAGUACGUACGAAACCGGUCGUUAGCAGGCAUGAUGGUCUGGGACGUGUCCAGCGACGACUACCGAGGGGACUGCGGCACGCCGAACGUUCUCGUACAGACCAUUUACCAGAACUUCCAGAGUGUGUUUAAGCUUGACUAGAGGCACCCUCUCCCACUACCGACUUGCAUCACGUCACACUUCGUCACAGUAAGGCCAGCGGGACAGGUUCUCCAAGUUUCUUGUAGAUACGCAAUGGCCUCUGGGUAAAAAGCCUCGCCAUUUUUAACCAUGUCUGCUCACUCGAAAAACUACUGUUGUGGUUCCUGUCGCCGGUAAUUGUCAUGGCUGUUGCCCCAUUUCAGCACCUGCUGCGGCACGCACGCAGCGCACUGAAUAAAUGGCAUGCUGUGCAUGCCCAAGAACGUCU